AUGGAUCAAGCACUUUUACCUUGCAAGCAACCCCUGCACGCCCAGAGAACCUACGAGACCUCACUCUUGUUCCAAAGGCUGCUGAAGCCUCCCCUCCCCCCAUCGCCAUUUCAUGAUGCUCCUCUCGAGCUACGAGGCUGGCUGAAGGGUCUGGAUGAUUGUCUUCCUGGUGAAGUGUAUGAGAAAGUUCUUGACUCCGAAAGUCAGUCACGGAUGGAGGAAAACUUUGAGAAUGUAUCUGAAGCAGUUCAUGGUUGCUGGGAAUUUCUCAAAGACAAAGUAAUUGUUACAAUUCCUUGUGUCACCCACGAUUCCACACUAGAUACUAUUGCAGCAGCAUUACAUGCUAACUGGCAUGCCACCAUCGGAUUGAGGAUCCUAGCUGGCACUCAUAUCCCUCUCUCUGAAGGCCAUUGGAAAGGGCCAGAUAUUCUCAUAUUUGACCGGGGACUGAAUUGGGAGGACCCAAAAAUCUUCCAAUCGAUUACAACUGGCCGACUCAUGUUCGGCACACACGGCAGAGCACUGAUGGGCAUAGCCAUCAAGUUGAAGUACAAUGACGAAAGGCUCAUCAGUGUCGAGAUCUUCGUGUAUUAUUUCUCAGGAGAAGGCAACUUCUUUCCUGAAGAAGCGGAGCCAUUUAGCGCCGGUGAAAUCUAUGUCAACCAGGACGGGAAAUUGUAUCCUAUUUCAGAGAGGCACAAGGAAGACAAGUUGUUCCAAAUGGUCUGUGCAGAAGUAAAAGGCAAAAGGCAUUUUUAUGAGUGCUCCUUGGCCAGUAAUUGGAUUAUUGAUGACAAUCACCACAGUUCCAAAGAAGACCUCGUAAUCCCACCCGAUUUUUUGAAGCAUGUACCUGAUAGAACAAAAAUGGUUAUAUCUGCUGACAGCCUCUGGUCCGAUCUCAAAAAGGGAUACCAAAUGACCGGAUACUUCAAUUCGGUUUUCGAGCAUUUCAAGAAAGAUGGUAUGCCUGGUAACGAGUUAAAAAUCACCUGCAAACGACAGGGAUUGCAUGAUGGGGAUGUUCACAGGAGUGAUGGAAGUGAAGAGCAGGUGAAGAAGAAGGGAAAGCACCAUUAG